CGCGGAUUACUCCGGGAUCAGAGAAGAGAGAAAUUUUACGACGCGGCGAGCGAGAGGAGGAGGAGGAGGAGAAGGAGGAGAAAAAGGAGGAAGACCACACGAACGCACGCGAGGAGACGCGAUAAAUUGAUAUUGCUUUAUCGGAUAUCAGCGAGAAUCGAGAGAGGGGAGACAACGGAUCUGCGCUUCCCCGGGCGAAUCCGCAAGCGUGACUGAUCCGAUGCUUCCAAAAACGAGGGACAGGUGACAAGGCAAGAUCUGGACGAGCGUCUUGAGAUAACUUCCUCUUUCUCCGUGAAGAAGCUUCGAUCAGAAGCAACGAGGACGAAACGAUGUUGAGCUUACGGCGAAGGCAUUCUCGAUGGAGAAUGUUCCCCAUUUUAUUGUUUCUCGGACUGAUCUGCAGCGCCGAACUGACGCCUGUUCGCUUACCUGAAGAAAUAUCGUCAGCACCAUCAUCGUCAUCGACAUCCAAAAAGAAGGACAUUGACUUUCUGGGCGACUUCUGGCAAGCGUUGCUCCUGGUGGAUCCACAAAGCGGCUUUCAACCCAGUCUGGACUCUCGAAGGAUAACGCCGAAGAGCGUGUUCAUCGCACCGGGGGUGUUACCUGCCUGCGCAGAGGGUUAUCACGCGGACAAAAUGGGUAGAUGCGUUAAGAGCAUAAGCAUUAACGCGACCGCGCACAAAGAUUUCAUUCUAGAACGACUCAAACUCAUGUUCAGUGGUGCGCAAGCUGCCAAGAGUGAUCAGAAAAAGUCGACCGGUCCCCUGCAGCUUAACAUCCCUCUGCAGCUUAAUGUUCCUGCAUCCGACAUCGAUCCUCAGCCGACGGAGAUCGAAGUCGAAGAAACGUUCUUGAAAAACCAGCCGGUCGCGGCGCCAAUUCGCAAUGAAACUUACUUCUCGGCAGGCGAAGAUAAGACGAAGUUGCCCUCGAUAUUGUACGAGUUGAAGAACGACACGACCCUGGAUGAAGAGGAGUCGUUCUAUUUCGGAAAUUCCAAUGUCGACGAUAUUGGAAAGAAGCUUCCAGCGACAGUUCCAGUAACGGAAUUGGUCGAGGAGACGAACGACACCAAUUUCUCGGAAGUGGUGGACUACAAGAUUCCGGUAGAUCUGAAGACAGUGUUGAACUCCUCGAAUGUGAAGAGGUUCGAUAUCCGUGGCAGUACAGAAGAAAGCGUCUCGAUGACGAAGAACCGAGAGAACUCCACCGAGUCGUCACCCGCACUAGUGCUGCUGAUCUCGCCUACAAAACUGACGAACGUAGUGGACGAUCUGUCGCUGAUGCAGAACGAUACCGCCGAAGACGUCGUACAGGUGUCCAAUUUCACCUCAAACGCCAACGAGAGCGUCAUUACUGGUACACCCGAUUCCGCGCUUCCACCUGCGAAACAAAUGACGUCGAUCCCGAUAGACGAGCAACGAGACAACGAAACGUACGUAAAAGACGAGUUGGUACCGGAGACUUCCAAGCCGACCGAGUCGCAGGAAACGGACUUCCUCUACGACGAAGAAGAAGGCGACGUAGAUUAUCCGUAUAGCACAGACGUGCCGGACGAAGACGACUCGGCUGAAGGCGAAGAGAUCCUGAAGCAUGGAGAGGCCGGCAUGACGAUUCCUACGGUUCGAGAUGUCGAGCGUCCGGAUCGCGAUCGUCAUCAACGACAACAGGACCAGAUCGCAGAGCUAAAGAAGCUGUUCAAUACACUCGAUCAGAUCGUAGGUCACCUUAACGAUUCCGCGCCCACGGAGGAUAAAGACGAGGCGGAGAGCAAUGUCUCCAGCGAAGUCAGCAUUGACGGUGACUUCAUUGUGGAGACAGAAAAAGUCAAAGACAGCGAGGACGAAUCCAAAAAAUUGUUCAGCUCGGAAACUAAGAAUUCCCACGUUAUAUUUCCUGACGACGUCCACGACGUGGUGACCGUCAGCUCGCAUGGACGCGAGCCAGCCGAGCAACUCUCCAUGAGGUUUGAGAAUGAGAAAGACAAGGAACUGGAAAGUGCAUCUUCUUCGUACGAUUCGCCGGAAGAAGAUUCGAUAACUAAAAUCCGCGCGAUCAACGAUAAACAAUCGAAAGAGGGCAUACUGCAAAAAAGUCCGAAAGACUUCGAAUCAAACGUCCCGAGCAGUUCCAUACAGACCACGAUGAACUUGGACUCUGCUGAAGAUUUCGUGAGAUUUCCCGAUUACGUGAGGCGGCCGCAGCAAGGUGGUUACGUAAGGUUUCCGGAUAGCGGGGAGAUAGCCAACAGCAUACACAGUUUGAAUUACAAGCAGAACUCGCGCUAUUCCGCGGACGACGUCGGCCCUUACGGCGGUACCAGCACUAAGAGCAGCGUGCCCGUCCGCCAGAAACCAGUUUAUCACCUGACGGCGUUGAGUUGGAAGUCGGACUUGGAUCGCGUUCAGGCGACAUCCAGCGAGAGGCAGAAUCAGACACCAGAUUUGAUGCAUUUCUGGAGCAAGCUUCCGCUGAUCAAAGAUCCGGCUAUUUAUCCCGUCUAUCAGAACAACGACCAGGAACAAUCCUACAGCCGUUCCUUUCGGGCGCGAUCGUCGCGAAGGUUGAAUCCCUUCACGGAGACGUCGCAGGGGAACAGGGUUUCAACGCAAAAGCGAAAGACACCAAUUAGCGUUUAAUCUUUUUCACAUCGCUUUUCUUGAAAGAAAGGUCUAAUGAACUGUGUACGAAAUUGUGUCAAGUGAUUCAAGAAUUCCGAAAUUGCAUCAAGGUAGUUUGCGGAUUGUCGCCGCGUUUAGAUCGCUACUGUACGAGGACUUCAUAGUAGAUAAGAUCAACAAGGAUUGUUGACGAAAGACAAUUUGCGGCAAUCUGUUUGAGAAGUUCAAGAAUCGGCACUGCAUGUAUCGCGUUUAGUUUUUUUUUUGCUCAGCGAAUGUGUUGCAAAUCGUUGGAAACUUCGACGAUCUCAGAAGGAGUGAUCUGGGAAUCUAAGUAUCUUCCCGGUAUUGCCUUCCUUUCAUGUGAGAAGAAAACUGGACUCGCUAAAAGCGGAGGGAAAUUUAGAAACGUACUUAGACGUUUGUUUAUUAUAUUUGCAUCACGUCGUGUCGGUGAUUAAAUUCGCAUCCGAAAAAAGAUUUUCGAGGAAAAUCUCACAAAUGCGUUCUGAUAUCUUAUGCUGUGUAAUUAAUAGUGAUAAGCAUCGAACAGAGAAAGUAGCGAGUAAGUAGCAAGUAACUAUACUGACGUAAAAUAUUUGCGCAAUCGAUGACAAAUUUUUUCACGCGCUAAUCAGAAAUGCUUUCUAUGGAAAGUUCAAACUGCGUCAUGCAUUUCAAAAUAAAUCGCUGAGUGUCGAAUAUCACUUGUGAAUUCAUUGCGUCUGAUGAGAGAUAUUAAGUUGCGAAAAUAAAGCGUCGCAGUUUCAAACAUCAAGGUUGAUGAGGAUAGAUUUGUUUGAACUGACAUUAAUUAGGCUAAUAUUUACGAAAGCUAAAAUUUUCUACCAGAAUGUGCUAAAAUAGAAGAAACACUGC